AGACUCUCAAUGUUACUAAAAUUGGCAAAACAAAACAGUGAUCCUUGGCAUGAGUUGUUUAUUAGUAUUACAACUGAAGUAAAAAUCGUUCAAUUCGUUAUCAAGCAAAGUUGGGUUAUUAGGAUUGGGGGAGUCA